UGUGUGUUGCCGCAGACAGUCUGCGUGCGCUAGCUGAGGCCAGAGGGCGGAAGCCAUUGAGCCUCGGCCGCGUCGUGCGCGGUGCGCGAGAAGGGCUGCCUCUCCAACGCCAUCGACGCGACAGGCUCUGGCAGAGCAACAAAGUCCAAGGGGCAGCCAGAGGAUGGCGGAUGACGCCGUCGCGGCGACGCACAAGACCUUCGCCUACCUCCAUGGGCUGCCCGUGCCCCUGGACGAGGUCUGGUCGUGGGUGGGGGACCGGCCUGUGGACGUGACCGUGAUCCGGGACGAGAAGGACUGCGCGGCGCAGGCCGCCAAGCGCGAGGCCCAGCUCGAGUUAGAGAAAAGACUGGAAGAGGUCGGCGCGCUCUUCGGCGUCGACGACCGCCACGCGCACCGGGGCCGCGGCGGCCCGCCGCCGCCGGAGCGGCCGUGGUUCGCACGGAGCGGACCAAGCGCCGCCGCCGCGAGCGAGCUCGAGUACGCGCGGGUCGCGCGGCUCCCGAGGGACCUCGCGGUCGACGCGCGGCGCGCGAGGGAGGAGGCGGCGCGGCCGACGCGCGAGGACCUGCGUAUGCUGAGGCUGGAGCGCUCGCGGCGCGCAAAGACGUUGCAGAAACUCUUCGACACGCUCGCGAUACCCGUGCGCCAGCGGCCAAUUGCUGACGUUUACCACCCAGCUACAUUACGCCCGUUCAGCCCCGGCGGCGGGCCCAUCGAGUGGACCCGGCGGCCCUCCGUCGCCUGGACCUGGGCGCCUCCGAAGGUCGAGGUCGAGGCGCCGCCGCUGACGCCCGCGGAGCGGGAGGAGCGCGCGGCGCGCGCGGCGGCGCAGCGCGCGGCGUUGGCGCGCAUGACCUCGCCGAUGGAGAAGCGGCCGCCGCGGAAGCCCAAGCCGCCGGAGCCGUACCCCGACGACUUCGGGCCGCCGCCGGAGGCGCAGGCGCCGGCGCCGGCGCCCGAGCCUGUGGCGCCCGAGGAACUCCCUGCGGCCGUCGAAGCGCCGCUUGUACCGGAGCCGCCCGCUACCGAAGAGCCCGCGGCGCCGGCCACCGCGCAAGAGCCAGCGCGGCCGCCGUCGCCGUCGCCGUCGGAGCCGCUGGCCAGCGGGGAGGAGCCGUCGUACGCCUGCGAGUCGUACGGCGACGACUUUGCCCGGGCGCCGGCGCCGUCGCAGGACUCGUACGCCGCCGACUUCCUGGCGCCCGAGCCGGAGCCCGCCCCAGCGCCGCCGGCCGAGCCGGAGCCCGAACCGCACGAGGCCGCGCCGGAGCCGGCGCCUCAACCGGAGGAGCACGGGCUGCAGCCCCGGCCGUCCCAGAUCUCCUACGAGACGUACUCCGAAGACUUCGCGGCCUCGGCGCCGGCCUCGGCGCCGGCCUCCGCGGCUCCGACGCCCCGGGGCUUCUUCAGCGCGGAAUCCUCGGCCUCGGGGCGCCGGAGCUCGGCGGAGCAGUCGCUGCGGGAGCCCGUGCCCGAUCCUGAUCCGGAGCCGGCGCCGGAGCCCGAGCCGGAGCCCGAGCCCGAGCCGGGGCCGGUGUCCUGGGAGGCCUGGACCCCAGCACCCGCGCCGGACCCGAUGCCCGCGUUCUACUGGCUCAUGCGGCGCGAGUACGAGGGCGACCACGCGGCGCCGGCCAGCACGAACUCGCCGGGCCGCGGCCUCGUCGCCGCCGUCGCGCGCCGCGCCUUCCAUCCCGAGGAACUGCCGGAGAUGGCGCUCGACCCCGGCGAGCGCCUGCUCAUCCUCCGCGACGAGUACGACCCGUCCCCGGGCUGGAUCUUCGCCGCGAAGGGCACCUCGAACGCGGGCUACGUGCCGAGGAACUACCUGGAUAUCGACGACUCGGACGGUCCUGCGGAGUAA